AUGGGAGUGAGGAAUCAGACGCAAGUGGUGGAAUUCGUCUUUCUGGGAUUCUCUGGCAUUCCAUACGGCCACACCUACCUCUUCCUGGUAUUCUUAGCCAUUUACAUGGUCACUGUGCUGGGGAACCUCAUGAUUUUUACUCUGAUUCAGCUGGAUUCCAGGCUUCAUAGCCCCAUGUAUUACUUCCUCAGCCACCUCUCCUGCUUAGACCUUUGCAUCUCCUCCGUCACUGUCCCUAAAAUCCUGGUGAACUUCUUGUGCCAGCGACAGACCAUCACCUACAACCAGUGCUUGGCACAGAUGUUCUUCCUGAUGUCUUUCACGGGGACGGAGGCUGCGCUGCUGGCUGUCAUGGCCUAUGACCGCUAUGCUGCCAUCUGCAAACCUUUGCAUUACUCCCUCCUCAUGAACUACAAGGUGUGCACUGUACUGGCCUUUGCCACUUGGAUCUGGGGCUUCCUAGACUCCGUUUUACAUACAGCUCUUGCCUCAAACUUGUAUUUCUGUGGAGUCAACCAGAUUCAUCACAUCUUCUGUGAUCUCCCCCCUUUGAUGAAAAUGUCUUGCAGUGAUACACGCACCAAUGAAAUGGCCACCCACAUAACAAGCCUGUUUGUGGCUGGGGGACCCUUCCUCUUCAUCAUUUUCUCAUAUUUCUUCAUCCUGUCCUCCAUCUUGAAGAUUCCUUCCAACACUGGCAAGCGCAAAGCCUUUUCCACCUGUGCUUCUCAUAUCACUGUCGUUGUCAUUUACUAUGGAAAUGGGUUACUUAACUAUAACUGUCCAAGCUCCGGUUACUCCUUAAGGACAGACACUCUGAUCUCCACCAUGUACUGUGUAAUCAUUCCAAUGCUCAACCCCCUAAUCUACAGCCUCAGAAACAAGGAGGUCAAGCGGGCCUUGAAGAUGGUUCUGGAAAGCCAAAGGAAGGUCUACACAUCCUCACACGCACAUCAAGGGAGAACUUUGUAG